AUGGAGAAGUUGUUGAAUGCUUGGAACAAAUCUCUAGCAGAUUAUCCACUGAUGCCAAUGCCAGAUCAAAACGGUGAUUUGUUUCAGGGAAAUAGGUUGUUGUUCGAGGAAAUGUCAUAUGAUAGGGAAGCUCUAAGGCAUGAACAUAAUUCUUUGCUUCAGAAACUAACUAAUGAACAGUUACUCAUCUAUAAUAAGGUGGUUGCAGACGUCCAGACUGAGAUGAGUGGCAUGUAUUUCGUUUAUGGUUAUGGUGGUACAGGCAAAACUUUUUUGUGGAAGACACUUUCAGCGGCUCUAAGGUCCAAAGGUGAAGUCGUAUUAAAUGUUGCGUCAAGCGGUAUAGCUUCAUUACUUCUACCUGGUGGAAGGACUGCACACUCUAGAUUUGCUAUACCAAUUUCUGUUAAUGAAGAUUCCACUUGCAACAUUAAGCAGGGAAGUCCACUGGCUGAAUUGAUCAUCAAAGCCAAACUGAUAAUUUGGGAUGAAGCUCCGAUGAUGCACAAACAUUGUUUUGAAGCAUUAGACAGGACAAUGAGAGAUUUAAUGCGUUUCACAAAUCCUAGGAGCUCAACGAUGACCUUUGGAGUUCUUCGUUUAACGAAGAAUUUAAGAUUGCGAAGUAUUAGUAAUGAAGAGGAGGUUGAGAAGUUAGAUUGUUUUGCCAAGUGGAUUGCAGAUGUAGGUGAUGGAAAUCUUGGGGAAGACAAUGGUGUUGAUUGCAAUAUAUUGAUUCCUUCAUCCUUUACAACUCGAGAGUAA